GUUUCAGUGACACAAAAGAAGCUCUACUUUUCCACGUUUUUUUGUUCACCUUUCAUUGAGAUACUAAUAAAUAUAUACUUUUCUGUGAAAUGAAUGGAAAUAAUUGUAAUUCUGAUAAAGUAACAAUAAAAGUGAAGCUAUCGGAUGAGGAUUAUCAUGAUAUUUCCAUUGAUUGGUCGAACGAGAGUUUUGAUUACAGGAAACAAUUGUUUCAUCAGCUUGCUGCCUACACCGGAAUACCAAUUCCAUACAUUUGUCAUGUUUGGGUGAAUAGUCUAAAUGGUACUAAUCCAAUCACAAACAUGGAAUUCGAAACAACAUAUGACUUUGAUAUUCGUGGUGAACCCAAGGAAUACGCAAUGAGCGCCUUAAAUGAUGGCGACUGUUUUCUACUUUACUCAGAGUUGGAGUUCGGUUUUCAUUUUGACUCUUCUGGUCUUUGCAGUAUCCUUCAUUUAGUGCAUCAAGAUUUUGUCGAUGAAACUGAAUGUAACUCUCAAUACUGUCACUACUUGGGAAGCAGAGCUUUUAUAAAUAUUUUUGCUGGCAAGAUAAAAUCAGAUUACUUACGAUCAGUUCUGGAGCCCGACUUUGUAUUCCGGACUAACAGUAAUCGAUUUUCUAGCGAGUUUCUCAAUUUGCAAAUUAUAAAUUUAUUAGAUCUACACUGUAGUAGUCGACCGCCUUUCUAUAGAGCUCGCUACUUACGGAAUCGAGGUUAAUAUGAAUGGAAACUGAAUAUGAUAUUUGAUAUGAAUAUGUCUUUCCUUUAGCUUAAUAAAUAAAUAAUUUGCUGUUG